GAGGGAGGCGAAUGUACUUCAACACUACCGUAACGAACACCAGUCCCUUGCUUCUUUACGUCCCCCAGACGUUAUGGUUCGAAGCACCUCCUAACGACACCAUGCUAUCGAAUUACGCGACACAAAGUUAUCACGCCAACAAUUCAUCUCUGGGCCAAGCAAGCGUGUCUUUUUCUUUUACUGGGACUGGGAUAUGGUUGUUUGGCGGUUAUCGGAGUCGUCUGGGACCAUACGAGGUCAACUUGGAUGGAAAGCGUCAUGAAUUUCCUGGUUAUCAGUAUGGCACCGAGCAACUGGCUGAUGCGAUGCUGUUUGGCCAGCGCAACCUAUCGUCCGGCUCCCACUAUAUUGAGAUGACGAACACUAGUAAUGACACUCAGAGGGAUGUGUUAGACAUAGACUAUGUAUGUUCAUCGAUUCGUUGUACAUCUCUUGCUG